AUGGAGGGCAGUUGGUGGAACGAUGCCAUCAGGGAUGAGGAUGAAGACCUGAUCCAGGACCUUCUGGAUUCGAGUAGCGAGGAUGAACCCCUUCGGCGAUGGGGGGGAUCGGUUGCGGGAAAGGCGCCCAACAUCGAACGAGGCAGGAUUGAAGCUAGUAAUCGUUUGUACAACCAGUACUUUUCCCCAGACUCGACAUACACAUCCGCACAGUUCCAGCGCCGCUUUCGACUUUCCCGAACGGUUUUCGAUAGAGUUCAUAGCGCACUCGCCCUAGAGCAUUUUGUUCGCGGUGUGUCUCAUUGUUUUGCCUCGGAGUAUCUGCGAGCACCUACGCUAGCGGAUCUGAAGCGUCUAUUGUCUCAAUCGCAAGAGCGGGGAUUUCCAGGUAUACUUGGCAGCAUGGAAUGCUGCAAGUGGAUGUGGAAAAACUGCCCCACGGCAUGGCAUGGUCAGUUUCAGGGGAAGGAGAGAGAUCCGGCAGUGACUUUAGAGGCUGUGACAGACCAUUCUUUAUGGAUAUGGCACGCUUUCUUCGGCAUUCCCGGAUCCGCGAAUGAUGUUAAUGUGCUCGAGGCAUCCUCUUUACUUAACAAGAUAGCUACCGGCGAGUACCCUCCCCCGAUUGAAUACACUAUCGCAGGGAAGAGGCGGAACAUUCCAUACUGGCUAGCGGAUGGUGUCUAUCCGAGAUGGCCUUCGUCUGUGCAAACUGUAUUGGAACCGAGAACCAGCAAGGAGAAGUGUAUGUCUCGCAACCAGGAGCAUGCUAGAAAGGAUGUAGAGCGCGCGUUUGGGGUUUUACAAGCGAAAUGGCACAUUAUUGCACGCCUUAGUCGCUUCUGGUCGAAACAAAUCAUGAAAGAGGUCAUUGAGUGCUGCAUUAUCCUCCAUAACAUGAUGGUAGAAAAUCGUAAGAACUGUGACAGUGACGAUGCACAGAGCGAUGACGAAUUACAAUGUGAUGCGGUCGUUGGGAAUUCAGCAAAGCCCAUGUGGUCGUGUCUGCAGCGUAGCGGCGCUCAAAACACCACCGUCCCACCCCCAGGAUCUCUAGCUGCUCUUUUCGAGACCAACAGGCUUCUAAAACAUCGAGAGGAGUACUUUACUACACAAAGGCUCAUCAUGGAUCAUCUCUGGGACUUCGAAGGAAAGCAAAUCUAA